UCCGCUUCGCGGCGUCCGUUUCAUUGACGGUGUGUAGCGCCUCUCGCCCUCUCGUUGCAAGUAUCCGACCUCUGGAUCCGACCGUUUGUGACAUUCGACAACCCCGCCCCGUGCUUUUUCCCGAGUGGCAUUUCGAUUAGUGCGAAGAGUGCAUUUACUGUGCACGAUCGGCGACCGAUUCGGCGACUCCUCCCGCCUUUAUUUAUGUUGUCGUUGUGGUGUGGUGAAUAUUUGUGCUGUACGGACGAUAACCGGAUUAUCUGUGCGCUCGAGUUUGUGGAUAUUAUAAACGAUCUGCGGCUUUUCCGCGAAGAUUGACGGACGUGUGGCACGUGUGCCGGCGCCACGGAUGCGUCGCGGGCGGCGGCGUGCAAUGAGCUGCUAGAGGAAGCGAUGGUGGGCGUGGGCGUGGCGGAGGGGGGCGGGGGUGCGGGCGGCGCUCCCGACGGCUAUUACGGCGAGUACUACCCGCCUGAACCGUACUAUGUGCCGCCAGAGAUGUGUCCGCACCCGCAGCAGCAUCCGCAGCAUACGCACAUGUGCACCAUGCACGCUGAUUACAGUGGCAUGCCGGUGGUGACCUCAGCAGCCAUGAUGCCGCAACUAAUGCCGCCAGUCCUGGACGAAGGGAUGCGCCACUACCUGGUGGCCCACCCCCACGCGCAGCACCCUCACCACGGCCAUCACCAGCCUCACCACCCGCCAGCCCACCAUCAACCGCCGCCUCACCAUCAGCCACCACACCCAUAUGGUCCAGCAAAUGGUGCAGGCGCUCCUCAACACUUCUACGGGCCAGGCUACACGGCUCAUUUCCACCAUGUGCCACCACACCACAUGCAGCAUUCACCACCUCCCCCUAUUUAUCCAAAGGAUGAAAGGACUCAACGCCAGUACACAAAGUUAAAACAAAAAUUAGAGAGGAAACAGAAUAGUAGGAAUAAUGGGACAGAAAUAAGCUCUGGGGCGAGCACACCGUCACUGUCUCCUCGCAAGGAACUGAAUGGUCGUGGGGGCGGGAGUGGUGGUGCAUCAUCGGGAACAUGGUCUGAAGGGGAGGGCUCCUCGGCGGGCGCUUCGGUGCAAGGAGACGAUGAAAACGACACCCAAGCAUUACUUGAUCUGUUGUCGGCCACAAGAACCCCACAGGUCAGUGACAUGACACCUACAAGUGCUCUUGUGCAAUGGAACUCGCCGAUACCCGAAGGAGUCACAUUACCAAAUGUGGAACUGACAUAUGACUUGCUGCUGGGCGAUCGGGGACGCUACAAAGCUAUAUACAGUGGACCCUCAUUGUCAUGCAGGGUAAGGGAUCUAAGGCCAGGCUGCGAAUACUCAGUAUGCCUGCAAAUUCGAGCGGGGGAGCUGAUAGGAGCAGCGAGCGAAGCGGCCACGUUCCGCGCUCCCCCCGCGCCCCCCGACCGCCUGCCGCCCGCGCGCGUCACGCAACGACAACGAACUUCGCUCCUGCUGCGCUGGCCCUCCAUCGCGGACAACGGCGCACGCAUCACACACUACAUACUCGAAAUGGACUCCGGCGAGGGCUUCGCCGAGCUGACCCGGCCGCGCACGCGACAGCACACCGUCAACAACCUGCGGCCCCAGACGCGGUACCGCUUCCGCAUCGCCGCAGUCAACGAGUGCGGGCGCGGCGAGUGGAGCGAGGACACCGUGGUGUGGACGGCCGGCUCGCCCCCGCCCGCGCCCGCCCCGCCCGCGCUCUCCGACGCCACCUCCACCUCGCUCAAACUCAACUGGGAACGCCGCUCCGACGAAGAGUUCACCCUUCAGAUGGACGACGCGGCGCGCGGCCACGGCUUCCUGCCCGUGUACAGCGGCGCAGAUUGCACUUACCUCUGUGAGGGUCUCCGCAAAGCCACCGACUACAGAUUUCGUCUGCGCUGCGAGACGACCGACGGUCAAGGCCCGUGGUCGAUAGAGGUCACCUAUCGAACGCUGCCAGAGAAACCAGGCGCUCCCGGCCGACCCACCAUCAAAGGAAAGGUGCACUGCCGUGCUUUUAGGCUUAAAUGGGAACCGCCCAGUGACGAUGGAGGAUCUAGCAUAGAAUCGUACACGCUUGAAUUGGACAGCGGAGAGGGGUACAGGUGCGCCUACCAAGGCCCCGAGCGAGAAGCGCACUGUGAUAGACUGUCACCGGGAACAUCGUAUCGCGCCAGAGUGCGUUGCGUUAACGUGGCGGGAGAGAGCAACUGGUCGGUCACCGAAACGGUUUCAACGGAAGCGACUACGCCCGGGGCGAGUAACGCUCCAGAAUUGGUCGCCGAACCGCGGGCCACACUUGCUUCGAUAAGCUGGCGACCCCCGGAGUGCACGGGCGGCGCUCCCAUCACAGAGUACCGCGUCGAACUCGCGGGCGACGACGGAUUGGUGCGGCUCGCCCACACGGGGCCGCAGUGCGACUGCACGGUGCGGGAGCUGGUGCCGGGCUGCCAGUAUCGACUGUGGGUGACGGCGUGCAAUUCGGUCGGUGCCGGACCACCAUCUGCGGCGCUCCGUUUCGCGACUAGGGCCGCGCCCCCAGAUGCGCCCGAACCGCCCAUCGCCACGAUAGAGAGCGCAAGGAGCGCCCGCCUCGAGUGGACUCCCCCCGCCUCCAACGGCGCGCCGAUCAUGGACUACCACGUCGAAAUGAGCGGAAUCAACGUCGACGAUUCGUACGCCCACGUCUACCACGGCGCCGAGACGAGCUGCGUAGUCGAAAAAUUAACCCCGUUCACGCCAUAUUUCUUCAGAGUGUGCGCCACCAACGCCGCCGGGCGCGGCCCGUGGUCCGCCAUCCGCGACGUGCUCAUGCCGCGCGCCCCGCCCGGCCCGCCGACCGGCCUGCGCCACGAGGCGACCGCCGACUCGCUGCAUCUGCACUGGCGCACACCGCCCGCGCACGGCGCCGAGGUGCUCUCCUACCGCGUCAAGGUCGGCGAGGAGGCGUUCGACACGGAGGGGCCGACGCCCGAGCAGCUCGUGGAGGGGCUCGAGCCGGACACCGUGUACGGCGUGCGCGUCGCGGCGCUCAACGAGCUCGGGCUCGGCGAGUGGUCGGAGGAGGCGCGCGCGGCGACCCGCCCGCGGCCGCCGGCGCCGCCCCGCCUGCGGUGCGCGCAGGCCGCGCACAACUACCUGCGCCUCGAGUGGAGCUGCGCCGCGGAGGGCGCGCAGUACUGCGUGGAGAUGCGGGCGCCCGACGCGCGCGACUUCCGGCCCGUGUACCGCGGCUCGGCGCGCUCGUGCAAGGUCAAGAAGCUGCGCGAGGCGACGACGUACUGGUUCCGCAUCCGCGCGAGCGACGAGCGCGGCGGGCGCGGCGCGUGGUCGGCGGCGGCGGAGUGCGGCACGGGGGCGGCGCCGCCCCCCGCGCCGGCGCCGCCCAGCGUGGCGCUGGUCGCCGCGCGCGCCGCGCUCGUGCAGUGGGAGCCGCUCGACGACGCCGAGUACGUGCUGCAGUGCGCCCGCGCCAAGGAUGCCGUCUAUAAACAAGUGUACUCCGGCGCGGCGACGCAGUUCCAGCUGGAGGAGCUGGAGCACAGCGGCGAGUACCUGGUGCGCGUGUGCGCUGUGCGCGGCGGGCUGGCGGGCGCGUGGUCGGGCGGCGCGCGCGUGGUGGUGCCGCCCGCCCCCGCCGCGCGCCCGCGCCGCGCCCGCCCCGCGCGCGCGCUGUCGCCGCGCCACGCCGCGCUGCUGCUGGCCGCCGCCUUCCUGCUGCUGGCCAUCUUCGUGGCCGCGCUGGUGCAGCGCCUGGUGGAGCCGAGCCCGUGACGCGCGCUGGCGGCGGCGCGCCCGCGGGCGCUCGCCCGCCUCUAGCCGCCCGCCCGCCCGUGCCUCCGCCUCGUCGCCGCGCUCCUGUACCUGUGCGUUGCGUUCGAACCGCGGGUCCUGUUCGGUGUUGUAUUGUGAAUUGUUCGAAGAUUAUUGUCGUUCGUCGAACGCGGGGAACGUCUCCGCUCGUCCGUAGUCGAUCGCCGGUGCGACGAGGAGGGUUUCGAUCCGGGAACAAGGUACGGUGCAAUUUUUAUAAACCAUAUUGACACUAUUUUGGUCGCGCGACGAACGUCGCUUUUGGAGUGCAAUUAUUGUAUUUAGGUAGGGGCUAGCCGGUAGCGAUGGUGUCCGAAUCGAUCGUCUCGACCGUACGGACGAGGGUACGCGUCGCCAUCUUUUUAUAUGUCUCUGUGACUCGACGCAUGAAUUAUAUUUAAAGUCGUCGAGAUUCGCACGCCAGUUCCGCUUAGAGUGUCCCCUCGCUUCCGUACCGUUGCAUGUGAAUCCUUUGAAUGUACAUAAUUAGCGUAACUACAUAUAUUUAUAGCCGUCUCUGGAUCGAUGUGCGAUGUCUCGCUUAGUGUAAACGUGUAUCUUAAUUUCUAAUAUUUUCGUAACUAUAUAAAUGUUCUCUAAAAUAUUUUAAGCGAGCUCAAAUCGUUGUUCACGUUCGUUUUGUAUCGGAUCGAUUGUGACGCGGCGUAUCGCGUCUCCACGGCCUAGCAUUUUUACGUGACGUUCAAAAGAGUGUUGUCCCAACGCGCUGUCACCCCCUACUUAUAGGUGUUUUAUACGUAUGUAUGUGAUGUUGCCAUUUCAAAAAUGUAAAUUGUAUCUUAGAAAGUGUUGCAAUCUUUGCAUCUUCGUACUUUCUCUAACUUUUGUAUCUAGUCUGUUCUCGAUUCCGUUAUAUUAGCAUCGUGCGCUUGGUAUAUUUUAUGAAAAUGAAUUUUUAUUUAUAGCUUUAUGAAAUUGCACUUCCGAUGGAUUUUAUUCGUCUUCAUAGAUAGCUCUGUAUGUUUUUCAAACACUUGAUAUUUUUAUAAAAGUUUUUAAUUGGUCUGUUGCGUAUAUUUUAUCAUAAUUAAGCAUAGCAAAUUAGUAAAGAAGGUGCUCUAAUAAUAAAGUUCAGUUAAGAGGGACUUGGCCCCUCGCCUUGCAACGAGUUUCCAGUGUGUGUGCUGUGAUCAUCUCCUUAUGCGAUUGAGACUGAUUUUUUAAAAUAAAAUGCUUUCUGUCUAUAGGAUUGUUUUAAAGGCUUUCGUAACCGAGUUUUUAAGUAAAAUUUUAAGUAUUCAAACUUCCGACUGAGACGUUUGAAGAUGUGGAUUCGGCCAACUAUUGUCUAUUAGGGCGGCACGCCGCGCCGUGGAUGUUAUAUGUCAAAUUAUAAUCCUAUAUCUUAAUAUUAUUUGUUAACUUCUAUGUACCUUUUAACAUUUUAUGCUAAAUAUUAAUUAAUUUGUUUUAUUAAUAGAACAUGACGUUUAUUGAUGACAUUAUUGUAAUAUAGAGUAAUUAUUGUUUAUAAAUUUAGAGAUUAUAAAAUUUAUUGAGAUUGUUACCACCCGGUAUUAAUAAGGAAUUGCCGAAAGCGACGUAAUCUUGUAAGGAAAUAUAUUUCACAAAAAAGUAAAAAAAAAUAGGUCAAAAUCCAUGUAUUGAUGUUUGUUACUUUAAUUGAUAUAUUAGAAAAAAUAUUAACAGAUAUUCUUCUAAAUAUAAUUUCCAAUGAAAUAGUUUCUAUGUAGAUAAGCGAAGUAAGUUUUUAUUGUAUUCAUUUAUAAAUGGAAGUUAUAGGAAAUGCAUUUGCAAUUCACAUUGAUGUUCUUAGUGUCAUUAUUCACGAAUAAUAAAUGUUGUUUGAUUAUGUGAAAUAAUGUGGUAUUAUGGUAAUAGUAAUAAAUAAUAUUGUAAUCACAUAGGCCUUAAUGCAUUAAAUGUCUACUAGCUCGAGCCGUCAGUGUAACGUUUCAUUUGUCUUGGACAAGAGCUUACCAUUUGUCUAUAUUGUAAGGCUUAUAUUAUACUUGCUGUACGUGUAUAUUACUUCUGUGAUCAGCUUAUUCUAUUCUUUCUAUAUGUUUAUAAAUGUUAUCGUACACAUUCCUAGGCGUUUUCUUCAUUUCAAAAUAUAGUGACGUCGUUGUUUUAUGGCAGGGAUAACUUCGUGCCAAUCCACGUGUAGUUCGUAGUUUAUCGGCAGCACAGCUGGCGACCGCGUUAAAUAUCUGUUUUUAUUUUCGGAAAUUUUAUAAUCAUUAUGUGCAAUUGACACUUUAGUUAUUAUAUGGCUUAAUAUAUUAUAAUAUUUAUUAUUUUUUUUAGAAAAUAUUAUAUCAGUGAAUUUAUAGCUUUGUGAAUAAAAUGGAGGAAUCGUUGUUCCUAUAUAAAUUUUAUAUAUUGUACAAGACACCGAUUGCAAUCAAAAUUAUUGUCUACUACAGAGAAGCAUUCCAACUUUAUUCCACUUGUAAAUAGGCCUAAUUAAAUGACUAUUAAUGUACAUGUUUCUUUCGUGGGAAUGUAAAUAUAUUUCUGAUGUUUAUGAUUUUAUGCAACGCGUGUUUCGACACGAUGUAUGUCAACUGAAACUAUUAUUACACUAUGUUAAAAUCAUGUUUUUUUUUUUAAAUUAAUGACACGUAUGAUUAAUGGGGAUAACAUCUCAUAUUGUAUUUGUGUUUGAAUUAGUAACGUAUAACGAAAUGUAUAUGUUUAUAAUAUAAUAUUUGAUGAUGUUAUGUAUACAAUUUAUUAAACGUGAAUAUAUCAAUAAAACUAUAUUUUGUGUA